AUGACCUGGGUAAAGCAUACCUCUGUAGUUUGGGUAGACAUAGAACUACCCCUCUGGCAGGCCUACACUUAUACAGCUUGGAUGUUCAAAGAUGGGAUAGACGAGUUUGGUCCCGUCCGAGGCUUCAACGUACCCUUUGAUGGCGUUGGGGAUUGGGAUCCGUCAGCUAUACCCCCGCCCGAUGGCGAGAUGACUAGCUUGGAGACUAGUCUGGCGCAGUCAGGGCAUCAGCAUGCACCUGUAGCACCUGAACCUACCGUGGCCAAACCUGACCCGGAGCCGGAGGAGUCUCAGGCAGGGUACGACCCCAUAGAUGUACACCUGGAGGUAAUUCCGGAGGAGGAUCCAGAAGAAGAAGAAGAAGACCCUGAAGCAAAACCUGAAGAGGCCCCAGAGGUAGAGCCUGAAGCAGAGCCUGAAGAGGAACCGGAGGACGUACCCGAGUAUGAACCAUGGUAUGAUCCCGAAUUUGUGCCUGAGGACGAGUCGGACGAGGACCCAGUUGAAGAGGAGCGAGUCGAUGCUCCAGCAAAGUCGGAUGACAUAAACAAUCCAAUCGAUAUCGAGGCUGAACCGGAGUCCUCAGAGGAGCCGACAGUUCAGGGGAGUUCAGAUGCGGGUGAUGAGGAAUCUGACUGUGAGUGGACGCCAAGCAGAGGGCGUAGAGGCUAG